GGAGGGAAGGUGCAGUGCCGCCCGCCUUCUGCCUGAAGCAGAGCCUCUCUCGUGUUUCCGCGUUUGCCUUGGCCUCUCCUCGCCUUCCCACGGGAUCCGUUCUGUGGCCUGCUGCUGAUCUGACAUCGGUGCCCCCCCCCUUUUUUUUUCUCCUGUUUCCAAAAGUAGGGGAGGAAAAAAAAACCAAACUCACACCCCUCAGUGAAAAGAUGCAGCAGGUGAAAAACCUGAGCGGAAGGGAAAGGUUUAGGUGGAGCCGGUGAGAGUUACAGCAACAGAGUUGAGAUGUACUAAAGCUUUUGAAACAUCUUCCCUGCAUGCAGUAUUUUUGUCCUUACCCUUCUAUUUAGUUCCCGUUACCCUUACCGGCCAUACCAGCUUUGGUUCCUGUUUGUUAUUCCCUUCGGUUCCUGACUGAUAACUAAGUGGCCUCGAGUUCUGGUGCUUGAAAACUUGUUCACUUUCUCCAGUUAUACCUUGUAACACCUCUCAAAGACUUCUGUGAUGUGUCAUUAGAUCAAAAGGGCUGCAAUUACUGUGUGAUCUUUUUUUGUGUGAUCGUGCUAACGUGCUCAGCAAUCCUCCUUAACCGUGUGGCCAAGACAAGAUCUGCAGCAGAUCAGUAACAAAUCGUUACAACACAGCAAACUGCUUAUGAAUGGUGAUCGGGUGCAGUGCGACCUAAUGAGCAGGUCAUGAUUCUGGAGAGUUUAUGCGCCCCUUGGGGGUUAGAGGAAAGAACACAACCGCAGUGUUAAAAAGAAAAAUACCACAAACCCACUUAAUACGUUUUUAUCCCUCUCUACAGAAAAUCCAAACAUGCUAAUGGGCAAAAUUCCAUCUCUUCUAGCAGCCAUAUUCUCAUAACACGUGUUGGCACUUGUUAAAUAUGAACUCACACUAAUACAGAUAUUCUGAACACUAUAUUAAAAAAUGGUUUAUAACCAAUCAAGUGUACAGAUUAGAGCAACAUCAUGGAACACAAAGCCCUAGAAAUACGGUUAGGUUAAACCAAAAUUUCUUUACCACAAGAACCAUUCCGUAUUUUUGGUUCUCUUAACAACAGAUAUGUAACGUCUGCACAGGUGUAUGCUAAGUACUUGAGAGUACAUUUGAAUUACCAUAUAUCUCAAUAAAAAGCAGUAAGCGUAGAAUGAACAUGAGCCUUUGAGCUUCCCUCCUCGAUUUAUCGCCUGACAAUUUUAGGCAACGUCAGCCAACACCUUAUCCUAAGUAGAUUACCAAAAUAAGUAGUCUUUUCUUGAAAACCUGGCUAGAGACUGCUAUUCUGUGAUACCCACCAACAAAAAACUUUGGGUUUGAAAUAAGUCUUCAGAUCAAAGAGUACUACUCUACCUCACUAGCUCACUACUCAAUGACGAAAAGAGAAGUGGCAUCCUAAUAGUAGAGCAUGGCCAAGGAAGAGGGUUCUAUCCCACCUUAUGGGAAAAUUCCCUCUGUUGAAUAUUAUCCAGCUCAUUUCGGCAGGUAUCUUUUGAUUUCAGAAGUUAUUGCUGCUUCUGAAUUUCCAAGCCUUCUGAUUACAGUGAUUACAUGCUGCUUGGUAGGAGCAAGUAUUAGCAAUAUAAAUAGGAACAAAGUCCUAUAUUGCAGUUUGAGGGAUGGCUGGGUUUUGUCAUGUUAUGUGGUAUUGAAUGGCAAGCCCAGGCUAUCAAUAGUUUUAAUGCAACUUUAGAGAUUCAGCAUUCAAAAAACACACAUUUAAUUUGCAUUCACAACAAAAGCAUGUGCAAUUCUUACUACCUAGAUGCAUAAUUACUGUUAGCCUAUGAAAAACCAUCUGUGAAAAACCACAGAUAUGUGACUUUGAACCAAUUAUUGAAAGGGAGACACCAAACAAAGAAGCAAGAUGUUAGUUGAUGCUACUUUAAAGCCUCACAACUGAGUUCAGGCCUUUGUACCUCUGGCACCCACCCCAUCUGUGCAACAGUCAGUAGCACCACCCCAAGAAAGCCAAGCAAGCUAGAGAACCAUCAGCAGAAACUUCCAGAGAGACAAGAAGUUCACCAAGAGCAGCAGUACAUGUUCUUGGCACUACCAUGAGUCAUUAUGCUGCACGGCUGUAAAGGAACUUAAAAAAAAAAAACAACAACCCAACACACAAAAAAAACCUAAUAAAACAAAAAAACCCCAACCAAACCCACAAGCAAAACAAAAAGUCUUCUCUCCCCUAACAACUCUUGGGCUUACCUUCUUACUAAACGAAUGCAGCCAUAUCCUUGCUCCUGUGCUCAUAAUGCAGGCUAGCACCCCAGCAAACCAAAAUCUGCCUUCUUUCAAAACCAGGAAAGCCAAAGAAAACUCUGCAGAGAGCACACUGUCCUAGAUGUAAAGAGCAUGUUCCCUAUCUAUGCAACGACAGCUCACAGGGUAUAUAUACACUUGGAAGAGGAAGCUCUUGCUUUCUCUCUUCUACAGACACAAACUUUUUUGGUUUUUUUUAAUUAAAUUUACCCUUUCCUAUUUUGGCUUGUCAGUAUUGAACUGACCAGACAAUUCCCAAAUCUGCCCAUAAACAUCUCUCUUCCUGCAGACACCUACCUUCUACAAACACUUUCUCUGCCUCCUCAGUUCCCAGACGCCAGAAAGAGGCUGUGGUAAUCAGGCUGUAGCUGAUGCUGAUAACAACAUUAAGCAACCUUUUCAGUUAGAGACUUGAUGAUGCAGGUGCACAGUAGUUCACAGGAAUUAGCAGUCAUGUGUGGUUUGAAAAAGUUUGGAAUCCCUUUGCCACACUAUUUACAGCUCUUAAUUACCAGAGUAAGCCAAUCCACUGUUGCUGGUAGUGGCACUUUGAAAUCGCGCCUUUCUCCCAGCUCUGUGUAUCUGUGUCAUAGUCAUCCAAGAGGAAUGGAAACUGGACAGCCCUGCUAGUCUCUUGGAUUUUGACUUUUCUGAGGGAACUCCUUAUCUGAUGUAAGGUGCUCAAGGUAAAAGUUCAGCGGGGAAAAAAAAAAACAGAGCUUGUGGUUUACACCUGUGCUAGCAAGGCAGCUUGUUGGUAUGUGCUAAAGGUACCGGCUGUCUAGCCUUCUUUUAAGGUUUUUCCUUCUGAGAGACGCAUUAGGCAAGGGAGCACCACAGCUUUGUCAAAGGCUUAAAAUUAUUCUGGCAUCCACUGGGCUUUACUUGUCUGUCCAUUUCAUAGGCUCCCACAAGCUCUCUUUCUCUCUUGGUGCACUUAGGAGUUAAUACGAGCCUUUACAACUUCUUUGUUCCUCUUCUUUUUGAAACAUAGGGGAGAAGUUGCCUUAUAUCCCACCACAGUCCUUCCUAGUGCUUGUCUCCUUAGAUUUAGACAGCUGUGAAAGUCCAGAAGCGCUAAGUACUUGAUUCUGUUUUAAUAGCUAAGCCACAAAGACUGCAAAAAUGUCUCUGGAAGAUAUCCAUAUGAACACCCAGGAUUUGCUUGAAAAAAGAAAAUUAGAUGCUGGAGGAUUUGGAACAAUUUCUUUAUGCCAUCACAAGAAACAUGGAGAUGUAGUAUUAAAAAAAGUGUAUACAGGACCCCAGCGUACCGAUUAUAAUACUUCUCUCCUUGAAGAAGGCAGGAUUAUGCACAGACUGCAGCAUGAGCGUGUGGUAAAACUACUAGGUGUCAUUUUGGAAGAUGGAAACUACUCACUUGUGAUGGAGUAUGUGAAACGGGGGGACAUGAUGAAAGUUCUACAGAAACUCUCCGUGCCUUUGUCAGUGAAAGGGCGUUUCGUGCUGGAGAUUAUAGAAGGAAUGCUUUAUCUGCAUGAGCAAGGCUUCGUACACAAAGACCUAAAACCGGAAAACAUCCUUGUGGACAAAGACUUCCACAUUAAGAUUGCAGAUUUCGGUGUUGCGUCCUGUAAGAGCUGGAGUCGCCUGACCCAAGAAGAGACUGGCCGACAGAAGCAAAUCAACAGCGUUUGUCAGAACAAUGCUGGGACUCUUUUCUAUAUGGCCCCAGAGCAUUUAAGCAAUGUUCACAUAAAACCUGGAGAGAAAUCAGAUGUUUACAGCUUCGGCAUAGUGAUGUGGGCAAUUUUUGCUAACAAAGAGCCAUACGAACAUAGUAUAAAUUAUUCUCAGAUUUGGUUUGCCAUCACGUGUGGAAACAGGCCAGACAUAGAGGAGAUCCCUGGUGAAUGUCCAGUGGAGAUUACUGACUUAAUGAAACAAUGCUGGAUGCAAGAGUCAGAGAAACGGCCAACCUUUGCAGAAAUUAGUCAAAGAUACAGGCCAUUUUACUGCCAAAAUCUAGAAAACAAUAUUGACACUGAUGUGGAGAAAUUAAAAGAAAUGUGGCCGGUGUCAGAUGAACUGCUGGAUAGGAUGCAAUCCCUUCAAAUAGAUGCUGUAGCACACAAUAGCAGUAAUGCUCAAGCAGAUCAGCCUAAUUCUCUACACAGUAUUCAAGGUCCCAUGACCAGUCAGGUUAAUGAAGACCUGUUUGCUGCCUCCCCUGAGAACCAGCCUGUUGAAAGCUGUGAGACCCCACUUACGUCUACUGAUAAUCUAGAAAGAAAACUUCAGUGUGAAUACAACUACCAUGUAUAUGGGAGCCGGAUGGAUAAAGCAGUUCUACCUAUAGUAUACACCCCUGAAAUGAGAGAGGAAGAAAGGAGACGACGAGUUUCCUAUGAUCCGCUUUCAAAGCCAUCUCCUACUCCUCAAUGGAGUGAGCUGUAUUCCAGAGCUGAAAAAACAAGAUCAAACACUAAUCCAUGUGUUUGGCCAGCUGCAAUAACACCAAAACAGGGAACUGUAGAUAUUUUUUACGGGAUAAACCCUAACGGUCUUCUAAUGGGAAACACAGAUGCUGCCUAUGGCUUGUGUUCAGCCAGUACUUUUAACCUAGGUACACCUGUGCCUGAAUCUGGCCUAAACCCACAGCCACAAACCAAUGUAAACUGGUAUUCAAAGAAUGCAGACACAGAUACAGGUAACACAGAUUCCACUUCUUUCACAAGGGGAACUUUUAGACCAUAUCCCAGCGUGCCCAGAGCAAGCAUAGAAGAUUCAGUCAAGUACAACAUAACUAACAGUUCUGGAAUUCAAAUUGGAUCCUACAAUCACAUGAAGAUUGAAGAGCACAAUCAGAACAUCAGCACUUCUCCUAUUGCUGCAGAAGAAGCUUAUAGGUGUUAUGAAGCAAUUGGUGUAUUUGACAAUGAAAGUGCCCUGACUGAUGAACAUCUGAAUCUAGUGAGAGAGAAGUUGGCCAAACAGUGGAAGCACUGUGCUCGUAAACUGGGCUUCUGUGAUCCUGAGAUUGAUGAAAUUGAUCAUGACUAUGAGCGAGAUGGACUAAAAGAAAAAGUUUACCAAAUGCUGCAUAAGUGGGUAAUGAGGGAAGGUGCCAAAGGUGCUACAGUUGGAAAGCUUGCCAAAGCCCUUUUUGGCUGCCAAAGACUGGAUCUCCUUACUAGUUUAAUGCAAAUCAAUGAGGAAUAAAUUGCCAGAGAAUGGGAGGAAAAUUAGGGUAUUUUUUCCUGAAGACCUUCCAAUAACAAGUAAUAAUCCUGAACAGGCUUUCUGGAGCUCUCUUUUUUGCACAAACUUUUUGGAAUAAGUUUUUUCUGCCAAGCCAUUCUCAGUGAAUACAUCCAGUAAAUCAAAAAGUUUAUGUCAAGAUAAUUUGCUUUCCAGAAGGAUAAGCCAGGAGGGACCACAGCCAGGACAGCUGACCUGAACUAGCCAAAGGGACAUUCCAUACCACAGAAUAUCAUGCUCAGUACAUAUAAACUGGGGGGAGCUAGCUGGAAGGGACCGAGUGCUGCUCAGGGAUGGCCUGUAUGUCAGUCAGCAAGUGGUGCAUCACUGUUGGGGUGGUUUUUUUGUUUUAUCUCUCUCUUUGUUAUUACCCUUUUCAUUAUUAUUAUUAUUAGGUUUAAUUUUACAUUACACUUUCUUUUAACUAAGCUGUUCUUAUCUCAACCCACAGCUUGAGGCAUAAGCUCCAGCAGGGGAGAGUUAAAAGCAAAAAAAAAAAAAGAUGCCUUCAACUUCUGUGAGUUUACAAAACUGCAUUCAUUUUAAUAUGCUCAUGCUCAAUGUCAAACAUGCAACUGUAAAAGAAUUUCAUAUCAUGAAUUGUAUUCAAAACUGAAAAUAUAGAAGUAUCUGAUAUUGAAUGGCCUCUGGGUAUAAUCAGCAUAAAACCAACAUAAAAGAGGCUCAGAUGAAGUGUUUAAACCAAAUGUGAUGGAACCUUAUGCGGAAUUCUGCCAUGUGUGCUAUCCUUUCUUCUAGGAGGUCUUUCAGCUAUCUACCUUUGCUGUCUUAGUCAGGGGUGCAGCAAAAUGACAUGGAAAAGAAACUGAAGCAUUGGCAUGCUACAGCAGUCUUUAACCACUGUUUCAAUAGAGCAAGGUUUGAUCACUUCCUAGGAAAAAGCAGUGACGUUUUUACUAUCCGUUAUGCAGAGCAUUUUCUCUUUUGAUCUAUAUGUCGCAUCAAGCAGCUUUAAAUAAACUAUGCCACUUUUCUCUGA